CCCUCCUGCAAGGUCUGCGGUGUCCCCGCGCUUCCGCAGGCGGAGUGGUACAGCCAGCCACUCUCCCAGCCUCGGUGGUUUGGUGAACACAAGCCCCAGCGUGCCUGGAGAGUGCAACCCCUCGCCCGGCCCGGCGAGUCCCGGGCGUGAGCCGCGCUGACCGAAGGAGGAUGGCAGCCUCUGGGGUAGAGAAGAGCAGCAAGAAGAAGACCGAGAAGAAACUUGCUGCUCGAGAGGAAGCCAAAUUGUUGGCAGGUUUCAUGGGCGUCAUGAAUAACAUGCGGAAACAGAAAACACUGUGUGAUGUGAUCCUUAUGGUCCAGGAAAGAAAGAUACCUGCUCAUCGUGUUGUCCUUGCUGCAGCCAGUCAUUUUUUUAACUUAAUGUUCACAACUAACAUGCUUGAAUCAAAGUCCUUUGAAGUGGAACUCAAAGAUGCCGAACCUGACAUUAUUGAACAACUUGUGGAAUUUGCUUAUACAGCUAGAAUUUCUGUGAAUAGCAACAAUGUUCAGUCCUUGUUAGAUGCAGCAAAUCAGUAUCAGAUUGAACCUGUGAAGAAAAUGUGUGUUGAUUUUUUGAAAGAACAAGUUGAUGCUUCAAACUGUCUUGGUAUAAGUGUAUUAGCGGAGUGUCUAGACUGUCCUGAAUUGAAAGCAACUGCAGAUGACUUUAUUCAUCAGCAUUUUACUGAAGUUUAUAAAACUGAUGAAUUUCUACAACUUGAUGUCAAGCGAGUUACACAUCUCCUCAACCAGGACACUCUGACUGUGAGAGCAGAGGAUCAGGUUUAUGAUGCUGCGGUCAGGUGGUUGAAAUAUGAUGAACCUAAUCGCCAGCCUUUUAUGGUUGACAUCCUUGCUAAAGUCAGGUUUCCUCUUAUAUCAAAGAAUUUCUUAAGUAAAACAGUACAAGCUGAACCACUUAUUCAAGACAAUCCUGAAUGCCUUAAGAUGGUGAUAAGUGGGAUGAGAUAUCAUCUCCUUUCUCCAGAGGAUCGAGAAGAACUGGUAGAAGGUACAAGGCCCAGAAGGAAGAAACAUGACUACCGCAUAGCCCUGUUUGGAGGCUCCCAACCACAGUCUUGUAGAUAUUUUAACCCAAAGGAUUAUAGCUGGACAGACAUCCGCUGCCCCUUUGAAAAACGAAGAGAUGCAGCAUGCGUGUUUUGGGACAAUGUAGUUUACAUUUUGGGUGGCUCCCAGCUUUUCCCUAUAAAGCGAAUGGACUGUUAUAAUGUCGUUAAGGAUAGCUGGUAUUCCAAACUGGGCCCUCCAACACCUCGAGACAGCCUUGCUGCGUGUGCUGCAGAAGGCAAAAUUUAUACAUCCGGAGGUUCCGAAGUUGGAAACUCAGCUCUGUAUUUAUUUGAGUGCUACGAUACGAGAACUGAGAGCUGGCACACGAAGCCCAGCAUGCUGACUCAGCGCUGCAGCCAUGGGAUGGUGGAAGCCAACGGCCUGAUCUAUGUUUGUGGUGGAAGUUUAGGGAACAACGUUUCUGGGCGCGUGUUGAAUUCGUGUGAAGUUUAUGAUCCUGCCACAGAAACGUGGACUGAGCUGUGUCCAAUGAUUGAAGCCAGAAAGAAUCAUGGGCUGGUAUUUGUAAAAGACAAGAUAUUUGCUGUGGGUGGUCAGAAUGGCUUAGGUGGUCUGGACAAUGUGGAAUAUUAUGAUAUUAAGUUAAACGAAUGGAAGAUGGUCUCACCAAUGCCAUGGAAGGGAGUAACAGUGAAGUGUGCGGCAGUCGGCUCUAUAGUUUACGUCUUAGCUGGUUUUCAAGGUGUGGGUCGACUAGGAAACAUCCUUGAAUAUAAUACUGAAACAGACAAAUGGGUCGCCAACUCCAAAGUCCGAGCUUUUCCAGUAACAAGUUGUUUAAUCUGUGUUGUUGACACUUGCGGAGCAAAUGAAGAAACCCUUGAAACAUGAAAAGCUGAGUGAACUUCAAGAUUCAUUGGAGACUCAAAACUAUGGCCACCCGUGCUUUGUUCCAAGAGUGCAGUCACAAAGUUUUAGUUUGGUGUGUUGUUUUU